AUUUUAAGUUUCAGGUAAUAAUGAAUAUAUGUUGUGGUUGAGAUGAUUCAAAAAAUCCAACACAACAUAUGGCGACAACCACGUCGUCAUAUGCGAGGUUUACGAGACUUCACUGAUGCACAGCUUCGGUCAAACGAACAAUCUUGUACAGUUGCGAAUGGAGCUAUUGCUCGAAUAGAUAUCGCACAUUUACCUGCUAAUCAUCCUACGGAGGAUUAUUAUGCAGCUGCAAAAUGUCUUUCAUCCGAAGCCUUCCUCUUUGGUGUAUUUGAUGGACAUGGUGGUGUUGCGUGCAGCCGUUAUAUUUCGACACGGUUAUUUGAUUACAUAUCCGCUUCCGUGUUGAAAAAACAUAUUGUCACCGAUAUACCCAUUAGAGAUAGAUUACACUGGUUUUGCACGAAUGGUGAUUUAUGUGAUGAAAUAUAUCGAGAUAACCAUUUAAAAAACAUCGAAAAUUUUCAUAAGAAAGUAAUGGGCGACUCGACCAUGACAACAGUAAGGAAGGCUCUAGAAGACUCUUUUUGUGCAUGUGACAAUGAUUUGUCUGCUAAUGCAGUGAACGAAGGACACAGUGGGUACUCCAAGCAAUAUGCUGGAAUAGUGACGGCAGGCUCCUGUGCAAUUAUAGCUCACAUUCGUGGUAUAAAUUUGCAUGUGGCAAAUGUGGGUGAUAGUGCCGCGGUGCUAGGGUUGCAUAGCCGAGGCGUUAUCUCAGCCAUGCCUCUUUCGAAGCCACAUUGUACUGAUAAUGCUGAUGAGGUGCAACGAAUUCGAGAUGCUCAUCCACAUAACGAAACGAACAGUGUGAUAAUCGGUGGUCGGCUUUUUGGUGAAUUAUUUCCUCUCAGGGCAUUUGGUGAUGUUAGAUACAAAUGGUCAGCUGAACUACAAGAAGAAAUACUGGGCACCAAGAGUUAUUCCAUGCCAUAUGGACUGGACUCACCGCCGUACCUUAGCUGUUUACCAGAAGUGUUGUAUCAUAAAUUGGCUCCUAAUGAUCUUUUUAUGGUGCUUGCCACGGAUGGUCUUUGGGAUUGCCUUGAUCCGGACACAGUAGUGCGGCUGGUAUUCGAUCAUACAUUUGGUAUGCAAAGUCUCACUUCGUAUGCACCUUUUGCAGGGACUACGUUGGCACAGGUUCACGAAGACUUAGAGCAGCGAUUGCAUAGAGCAAGUAAGAAACCACUGGAUGAGAACAGCGCUACACAUUUACUUCGACAUGCUUUGGGUGGUCCUGGAGAAGUUUCGGCUCAGUAUCUACGACUAUUCGAAAUGUUGCAGUUACCACCUGAAGUAACACGUAGGUACAGAGAUGAUAUCACUAUUAUUGUCAUACAUUUCAACAAAAAAUAUCUUUAUCGUCCGGAAUCGUUUGAAGAUUCAACGACGCAGCGUAGAACUUCGUAGUUUGGAUGGAAAUGUAUACUUAAGAUGGACUUCAGUAUUUUGAUUAUUGUUUCUUUUCGAAAUCCUGUUCAUCAUCUGAACUAUCAUUGCUACUACUUACAAAACAUUAGACUCUUUGAAAUAUUUGAGAUUCCUAAUCACGAAAGACUGCGCACUUUAGUUGCUCCAUUAAUGCGAAUCAAAUAGUUUUAUUUCUGUCGUCUCAUGAUAAACUAAUGACU